AUGGACCAGAUCCUGAGUGGGCUGCCCAGAAUUCAGUGCUAUCUUGAUGACAUCUUGAUAAUGGGCAAGACUGAGGAGGAUCAGCUCAAGAACUUGGAUGCCUUCCUACAUAGGCUAGACGAGUAUGACAAAUGGGUUCGCAAAGACAAAUGCGAGUUUUUUAAGCCCCCUGUGGAAUAUUUGCGGCACAUCAUUGAUGCUGCCGGGCUUCACAAAAGGGUGAACAUCAGUGGGUUGUGGGAUUACUACGAGUUACAAGUGGGAUCUUGGGGCAGUACACCUAUAACUACCAAUUACACAGAGAUUCUCAACAAGUUCAAAAGCCAACCAUCCACUAUGGAAGAAAACCCAGCAGACUAUCCCACAAGUGUAAUCAAAAACCCACCGGCCUGGGAAAUGGGAAUAUAUGGAUCAGGAGUCCUGAUUAUCCUGAUGAUUGUUGGAGUGAACCUAUGGAAACUGUGGAAAUCUGGAAAUUAUCCUGUCCCAUCCCCCUUCCCAAAUUAUGAUUACAGAUACCUGGAACAGAAGUACGGAACUUCAUACUCUGAGGUUCGGCAGAAGAGAACAGUGGCUUCAAAUUACAAAAAGCCCACAGAGAAGAAUCUUCCCAGCCGCCAAUCAAGCCUAAAGAUAGACGAGACAUAUGAAACCAUCAACGAGCUCGGGACUCUGGAACUGAUGACUAAGGAUAUGGAGUUGACAUCUUAUGGACCCAUGAAAAAGUCUGUAUCCACAGACUCACUGAGUUCCAUAUCUUCUAUUGGUAAUAACUUUGGCCAUGACUUCACAGUUGGGCAGAUUGAGAUGUGCUUGGAGUACAAUAUGAACUCAAACACCUUGCACGUCACUCUGGUACAGGGGAAAGAUUUGCUUGAGAAAGAGGAUGUCAAUUUUGAAUCUUGCUUCGUGCGCAUCAACUUGCUGCCAGAUGAGCAGAUUGUUGGGAUUUCUCGGAUUCAGAGGAAUGCAUUCUCUGUGUUCUUUGAUGAGAAGUUUUCCAUUCCGCUGGACCCCUCCGCUCUCGAGGAGAACAGUCUGCGGUUUUCGGUAUUUGGAAUCGAUGAAGAUGACAGAAACAUCAGCACAGGUUUGGCAGACCUGAAACUGUCAGAUCUGGAUCUUAGCUACCGUGCCUUCAAUGCUUGGCUUUAUUUGCAGGAUGUCAAUAAGGCAACAGACACAGUUGGAGAGAUCCUGCUCUCUCUCAGUUACCUGCCUACAGCAGAGCGGCUGACAGUGGUGGUGGUCAAAGCCAAAAAUCUAAUCUGGAACAAUGAAAAGACCACAUCUGAUCCAUUUGUGAAAGUUUAUCUCCUUCAGGAUACGAGGAAAAUAAGUAAGAAAAAGACAGCAGUGAAGAGAGAUGAUCCUAAUCCUGUUUUCAAUGAAGCCAUGAUAUUUUCAGUCCCUGCGAUUGUUCUGCAGGAAUUGUCACUGAGAAUAACAGUGGCUGAAUGCAGUGAAGAUGGAAGAACUGAGAACAUAGGACAUGUCAUUAUUGGACCUGAGACCAGUGGAAUGGGCGUCACUCACUGGAAUCAGAUGCUGGCAACAUUAAGGAAACCCGUCUCCAUGUGGCACGCUCUCCGAAAAAAAUAA